AUGUGGUGCUCUCGUCGCAUAGGGUCACUUUCGAGACGUUCCAGUCGUGUCUUCUCCAUCGCUGUAACCGAAUCAAAUCAAUCAAGAUCUUUUCCAUCGUUUGGUAUUGCAUUUGAUAUUGAUGGUGUCUUGAUACGUGGUGGUCAUGGACUUCCAAAGGCACAAAAGGUGCUACAAUCACUUGAGAAGAAGAAAGUGCCGUAUAUAUUUAUGACCAAUGGUGGUGGAUGUAUGGAAGAUGAAAAAGCAAAGACAUUGAGCAAUAUUCUCCAUUGGCCAAUUGAUCCACAUCAUAUGAUUCUUUCACAUACGCCCAUGCGUGAGAUUGCUACAAUCUAUGGGGACAAGCGAGUGCUUGUAAUGGGCUCGCAUGACGUUUUGCGUGUGGCUAAAUGCUAUGGAUUUAAAAAGGUUGUGAGCGUAGAAGAUUUACUGCACCAUUAUCCGACGCAGUAUCCAUUCAUCCAUUAUGCCCAUAUACCGGCACUGCACCAUGAAGAGCCCAUUGAAGCGAUCAUUGUGAUGCACGACCCGAUUGAUUGGGCACCAGAGAUUCAAGUUGCAGUGGAUGUGCUUGUUGGCGGCGAUCCGCCUGGAAUUGGCCGCAAGCCUGCUAAACAGACACCAUUGUUUGUAAGCAACGAUGAUUUUGUUUUUAGUGGCGAGUAUCCAGUUCCUCGGUUUGCUCAAGGUGCUUUCACGAGAUGCCUGAAGCUGCUAUAUGAAGAUCUGACUGGCCGCAAGUUGGUGGUGACAAAUUAUGGCAAACCCCACAAGGUUACGUAUGACUACGCAGAAAGGCUCCUUAAGAAGAUUUCAGGACAGCGUGAACCGCUGAAACGCGUGUACGGGAUCGGCGACAACCCUUAUUCCGACAUUCAGGGUGCAAACAACGCUGGUGAUGCAUGGACUUCCGUUCUCGUUCGAACGGGUAUAUAUAAUGGCUCAACGAAUCCCGAACAUGAAGCUGAUGUGGUCGUUGAUGGCGUCUACGAUGCCAUCAAACAUAUUUACAAGUGUGAGGGCAUCGAAGACUCCACAUUGUAA